AUGCAUUUACCAGAAGUGCGGCUACCAGCGUUCGACGGGAAAUUCGAAAAUUGGAUCGCAUUUUAUAAUAUCUUCAACUCGGCUAUCGACAAGAACACUUGCCUAACCACCUUGCAAAAAUUCCACUCUCUGCGGGCUUCCUUAGUAGGGGAAGCCGCGAACUGUGUGAACUCUCUAGUUUUCCAUGAGGAGAACUAUCCGAAGGCUCUGAGCCUUCUCAAGCAGAGGUACGAUUGUCCACGACGCAUCGUGUCAUGUCAUAGCUUUGCGAUUAUUAACUAUCCAAAGCUGACGCAGUGUUCUCCAAUGGCCCUAAGAGACUUGACCAAUGUCGUAAGACAGAACCUUGAUGCACUAACCAGUUUGGGACAAUCCAUAGAGGCGAAUAGCAUCCUUCUCGACCUCAUCAGCACCAAGCUACCCGAUCACGUCAGACAACAAUGGGAGCUAACCUUGACCAACAAGGAGGUGCCUCAAUACACCGAUUUGCUGGAUUACCUCGAGAAUCUAGCGCUCACAGGCAUAUCACCCUCCGAGGUCAAGCAAAUUAAACCACCGGACCAACCCAAACGAGUCCGACAGCGUAAGAUACGAGGACAGACAUUCACCGCAUCCCAGGUCAAGAAUUCCUGCCAUUCUUGCAAGGGACAACACUCCAUUUGGCAUUGCGACGCCUUCAGAGCCAAAAGCGUCAGCGAACGCUUGAAGGAGGUCAAAAGUGCACUCUUGUGUCUGAAUUGCCUGAGUGCGGGACACACAACUCGGGAUUGUCAUGCCGGGUCUUGUCGGGUGUGUGGAGGUCGCCAUCAUACAAUGCUACAUCAGGACAGGCAAAGGGUAAGGUCGACUUCCUCCAAUUCAAAUCGAAGUUCCUCCCCUUCCAGCAGGAGAUCAUCUACAUCCCCGUCAAAGACUCGGAAGGCCGCUAAGAAGCACAAAAAAUGUAUUGACAGAUAUUGA